GCAGCAGUUACUUGGAGAGCUCUACCUGCUGCUGGACGAUAUCGUGGACCGGCGAAUGUAUUCCAGCUUCCACGCCACUACCGCUUCGGCGCCCUCGCUGCGCGCACCAGCCGCCGAAACAUACGCGACCAUGGCACCACCAGCGCAAGAUGACCCGGGCAACAUCAAGGUCGUGGUGCGAUGCAGGACCUUUUUGCGGCGAGAGAGGGAGAAGGGCACCAAAUGCCUGAUUCGCAUGGACCCAGCAACCGAGAAGACUACGCUGCUCGCCCCCGAAGUCGACCCGGACGAGCAGCGCAAGUCACUGGUCGAAGACAAGGAGUUCACAUUCGACCGCUCUUUCUGGUCGCACGACGAGAGCGACGCGCACUACGCUCAGCAAGAGGACGUCUACAGGUCUUUCGGCGAAGAGUUCCUCGACCACAACUUCGGCGGCUACCACACAUGCAUCUUCGCAUACGGCCAGACGGGCUCGGGCAAGAGCUACACCAUGAUGGGCACAGAAGAGAACCCAGGCCUCAUCCCACGCACAUGUGAGGAGCUGUUCGAUCGCAUCCAGCACGAGCCGAAACCAGACACAACCUACCACGUGCAGGUCUCCUACUUCGAAGUAUACAACGAGCACGUCCGCGACCUGCUCGUUCCCCCGACGAUCCCGCCCGUCUACCUCAAGAUUCGCGAGAGCCCGAGGGACGGCGUCUACGUCCAGGGGCUGCGAGAGGAGGAAGUGAAGAGCUAUGCGGAGAUUGUUCACCACUUGAAAAAGGGCGACUCGAGCCGAACGGUAGCAGCCACCAAGAUGAACGACACGUCCUCUCGCUCUCAUGCCGUGUUCACGAUUCGUCUGAAGCAGAUCACGCACUCGAUCACGUCGGACGAGACGAUCGAACGCACGGCCCGCAUGCGCCUUGUGGAUCUCGCUGGUUCAGAACGCGCCAAGUCUACGCAGGCCACGGGACAACAGCUGAAAGAGGGUGGUCAGAUCAACAAGUCGCUCAGCACACUCGGUCGUGUAAUCAAUGCACUCGCCGCUCGUGGGCAGGACACGAAAGGCAGGAAGCCGCGACAAGUGAUCCCGUAUCGCGACUCGGUCCUGACGUGGCUGCUCAGAGACUCGCUUGGUGGUAACUCCAAGACGGCCAUGGUCGCAUGCAUCGCACCAGCCGAUUACGAGGAGACGCUGUCGACACUCCGCUACGCAGACCAGGCCAAGCGCAUCCGCACUCGUGCUUCGGUCAACCAGGACUGCAUGUCUGCCGCCCAACGUGACGCCCAGAUCGCCGAGAUGUCGGAGCAGAUCCGCAGUCUGCAGGUCAGCGUGAACGCAGCCAGUCAACGCAAGAGGGAAGAAGCGACGGAGUUGGAGGAGUACCAGCGGCAGGUAUCGAUGAUGCACAGGUUGAUGGAAGAGAACCGCCAGGUCUCGGCCGCAAAAAUCAAGGCGCUCACAUCCGAGGUGGAGGAGCUGCGCCCGGUCAACACGCAACUGCGCGCUGAGAUCGAUUCCCUGCGCCGCCAUCUGGCGCUUGCUGUGGGAGAGCUCAAGAACCCCAUUGUGCUGCCUCCGCCUCGAUCUGUGGGCACGCCAGACUUCGAACGCGAAGACUGGAUGGACGGCGAUGCGGAGGAGCCACCAUCCGAUGCAGAGGGCAGUGAUGAUGGGUCCGACUCUGGCUUCGACGAAGGCGACCAGCACGACGAGUUCGCAAACGAGCUGCACGACGAGGCUCAAGCUUUCCUGAGCGACCUUGGACUGUUCCGCAAGAAGGUUGGAACUGAUGUCGACCGAUUUGGUGUACGAGAUGCUCUUGCGCAUGCCAUAGGCUUUGAUCAAGGUGGACAGUAGCACGGGAAGCGUUCACGAGUUGGAUACCGUUGGGGAAAUGAGCCUGGUUCAGAAAACGGCUACGAAUGCAUGCAGCGACGGCGUUGGGCUUUGGUUACUCUUUAUCAGUAUGUAGGUUACGUAGCUUCAAUCAAUGACAAUGUUUUCCCAC